AUGGUACAACAAAGAUUAACACUUUCAAUACUACUGUUGCUAGUAGUAGUAACGACGAUCAUCUGUUCUGUCUUUAUGUUUGACAUUGUCGAUGCAACAACAAGUUAUCAAGAUUUUGAAGGCAGUAUUACAUUCCAAGACGAUAUUAUUGAUGAUGAUGAUGAUUCCUCAUUUCAAGAUUAUGAUGGUGAUUCCUUAUCACCAUUUUCGUCAUCAUCAUCUAUAUUCGAUGACAGCGAUGAUACAAAUGGAUCGUCUGGUGGUGGCAAUACAUACAAUUGUAAUGUAGAUUCUACCAUUCCAAGUAAUUGUACUAGUUUUGUUAAAGAUUCAAAUAUUAAAACAGAUGCAUUGAUUAAUUGUACAUAUAUCUCUGAUUGUAUAGCAGUUGUACAAAAUAUGUCAUUGACCAAAACCGAUACACUUAAUAUCAAUUUGGCUGACCCACUUUACAAUGGAUCUGGCAAUUGUAACCUAUAUUUUGAUACACCGGCACAGAUCUUUAUCUCACCGAUGGGAACACCUGUGAUUGUCGAUUGUAUAGGUCAGGCAUCAUUUAUUACACACGCUCGUGCCAAUCUUGUACUGAGCAAUGUUUACAUCAAGAAUGCAUAUUCGUCUUGCGUCACCAUUCAACAGAAUCCAACCAGUUUCACUGUGUUUGUUUACAACUCGGUCUUUGAAAAUUGUACAUCACCCGGAAAUGGUGGAGGUAUCCAAGCAAGUUAUCCAAAUUCAAUCAUUGUUCAUGAUUCAACUUUUUCAAAUAAUCAUGCUAUUCAAGGAGGAGCAAUUUCAGGAUUUACAGUAUUUCUUUAUAAUUCAAUGUUUGUUGGAAACUCUGCUACCAAAGGAGGAGCUGUUUAUACAGAUUCAACAAUGACAUCUGCUUUUAUUAGAUCUGAAAAUUGUACUUUUAAAUCUAAUAAUGCUCAUUUGGGAGGAGCAGCAUUUGUUUAUGAUUUAAAAUCAAUCAAUUCUAUUUAUUCAAAUAAUUUUGCACAGAUGGGAGGUGCAGUCUUUACACAAUCGAUCGAUACUACUCAAUCGAGAUUCCUUCAAAACUCUGCAGUGAAUGGAGGUGCUAUUGCACUUGCCGGUUCACCGUCGAAAAACUCAAUCUCUCUCUCUUUUAUCUAUAACAACACUGCUCUAGAAGAUGGAGGUGCAAUGUAUAUAAUUUCUCCAACAGCACCGGGCAAUCUCAAUUUACAACACUCGAAAAUAUUCAAUAACCAAGCCAGCGGAUGUGGUGGUGCUGUAUACUUUAAUCAAACUAACUCUAGUUAUCUACUUGGUGGAUUCUUUAGUGAUAAUUAUUCUCCUGAUAAUGAGGAAAUUGCAUGUGAUGAUUCAAGUCAACCAUAUAAUUGUAAUCCAUGUCAAGCUAAUCAAUGUGAAGAUUGUUUACAAAUGGCAGGAGCUAUCUGUAUUACACAAGAUUUUACAUCCUAUUGUUAUAUUGCCACGGAAUCUUGUAUUUUUGGAAAUUGUAGUAUUGGAAACAGCUCCAAUGUCUCGUGUGACUGCUCGAGCGGAUACCAAGGAGACACUUGUGCCACUCCCAUCACUCCACCUCCUCAUCAUGGUGGAGGACACAACUCUGCCUUGGCAUUUGAAAUCUCAAUGCCAAUCGUUUUUGGAUCACUUGUUAUUUUAUUCCUAAUAGUCAUUUUCAUUAUGAUUAAAAAGAGAAAUAAUGAAAAUAGUUAUCAACCUUUGGUUAAUAGUUAA